AUGUCUAUGCCAGCACCUUCCAAACCUCUUGGGGCCCUCGACUUUAGCCAGGUCACAUACGGGAACAAGGCUCAGAGAUUCACAGCGCAGGCCAAUCUUGCCCGGCUCAUCUUAGCCGAAAAGCUCCAGGCUUUCCAAGAGAUAAAUGCAUUGGCAAAGAUCACCUUCGCUGAAGGGAAGUCCACGGAUCCUGAUCCGGUGUGGAUCGACGCCCGAUCCACCCCAGUCAAGCUCCUUGACUCGGCCCCUACAGAGGUUGGCGCACCCGCUUUCGAACUCACAUGGACCCCGGAACGAUUCGAAAACCUCGCCGAAGGUCGUGAUGACCCCCAGACGGCGGUUUUCAUGUCGGCGGUGCCCAUGAUGGGAGACUACCCCUUGGCUAUCCGAUUCGCGGACCUCAUGACCCCGAACCCGACCGCCCCGCCCAAGACCGCAAAGGAGCUUCCUCUGGAAGAGCUACCCAAGCCGACGGAAGACAUCGAGCAAGUCAAGCGCGACCUUAGGAGAUGGGGUUACGGGCUACUGAAGAACGCUCUCACCCCAGAGCAAGUCGCCAUCCUUAAGAAAGCAUCUCAGGAGCAGGCUGCUGGGGAACGCAAUGCCGGUGUAGCUACAUUUGACGGCGGACCCAAAAAGCCAAACCAGCGAAUCUGGAACAUCUUGAACAAAGGUGAAGAGUUCCUUGACUUGCUCAACCACCCAUUGAUAGAUGAAGUCGUCCCGUGGUACCUUGGAUGCAGCAACCCUCUUUUGUGGUCGUAUAACAUCAACAUUGCCCGCCCUGGAGGCACGCCCCAGGUUCUUCACUGGGACCAGGGAAUCAUGGGCCACGGCCGCACGAAGGCUGUUGCUCUCAAUAUUUCAUGGCUGCUGUGCGACUUCACCGAAACGAACGGCGGAACACGCAUAUUCCCAGGCUCGCACAACCAAAACGUGCGCCCCCGCAACGUUUUCAGCAGCGAGGGCUCCAUCGCCUGCGAAGCGCCCGCUGGUACCGCCAUGAUCUUUGAGGGCCGCAUCUGGCACGGUACCGGCCAGAACACCGAGACCUCGGGCGAGCGGCCCUGUAUCCUCAGCCUCUUCACCCAUCCCGCCGUGAGGCCCAAGGAAAAUGCUUUGCUAGCGCUGAGCUGGGAGGCCGAAGACGAGGUGCUCUCCGAGCGCCACAAGUCGCUUGCGGCGUUACGGACCGGCCAGGCUGGUUUUGGUGGCGCACUGGGCGAGGCUCGAGAGGGAAUAAUUGUGAAGCGCCCGAGAUCUGAUUUCACGACUGUAGGCAAGCUUCGCGCGCCGCACGAUGAUGCCGAGGUUGCAAAGAUGUUGGCGACUGGAACACAUGCUAACAAUGCGCAAUCUGCUGUACGUGAGGCUGGAGGCUUGGACAAAUAG